AUGCAUACCAAGACCGCUAUCUCCAUUCUCUCCCUCCUCGCCCCAAUCCACGCGACCACCACGGUUCGUGUCUGGACACACUUCUACCCCAGCUGCCCCGGUGAUCCGUCGACCGAUCUGGGCGCAUACGAACACUACGAGCAGGCUGGCGCACCGCGCGACAUCGCCAUCGGCAGCUGCGAGAACAUCGCCGUGCCGUCGUACGUGUACGAGCGCAACCUCGUCAAUCACGUCUCGCUGGAUGCAGAGCUAGUCUCGCACCACCAUUACGGCGACUACAGGGACGUGGAGAUCAACCCAGACUGCGGCUGCAAGGUCACCCUCCACGAAGUCCCGGGUUGCAUUGACCCGCCUCUUGUGUCGACGCCGCUUGAGCAUCGCGCUGCCGUGAGCACCUGUGCCGCGCGCCAGUUGUCUUACAGCGAGGUGUGGGUGAAGCUCACCUGCGACAAGACGCACGAUGUGGUGAUCCACGAGCAUGACGGGAACAAUGAGGCUGACGUUGCGCUGCGCACGGCCAAGCUCGCCGAGACUGAGCAGGCCGCUCACGCUCAGACGCCGGGUUCAGACUCUGAGACCUGGCACCGGGCCCAGGCGGCGCACUCGUCUGGGCGCAUGCCCGAGGAUGAGGCGCGUGUUGACAACGCUGGCCAUGCCAAGGCCGAGUCUGUCUUCAAUGCGCUGCUGGAGUACCUCAAGCAUAAAAAUGCUACAUCUAUCCUGCAUAACAAUGCUACGCACCAUCUGAAUCUUACGCAGCACCACAAUGGUACGGCCAACAACACCAUCUCGCGCCGACGUCUGUCUGUUCUGCGGAAUCGGAUGCGUCUAUAUUAG